AUGGUCCAGAUCUGGUGCAUGGAGCCCUACCCAUGCGGCGAUCCCCGCCUUCCGCAUCAUUGUUUCCCUCCGAAGAAACUAAAUGCGGAUGAAUUGACGAAAAGAACCGGCACUUUGUACUAUAAACUCGAUCUGGAUGACCACAUCAGCUUGUCCAAAAGAAUCGCGUUGAUGAAAAUGGAGAGGAACUUCAAGAAAGAGGACACCUACACUCUGGAUGCGCAGAAUACGAUCGAUUUCGAGGACAAGGUGAGAAUAUUGAAAAAUUCGGCAAAAAAUAUUCUCUUGAAAGAAGAAUUAAGAUUUUUUGCCAAAAUUAUCAUAAUUUAUGGCAUCCACAACAGAAUUUAUAGAUUGCAAAUACCAAUGAUGAUUAAAAAUAAGAAGAUGUACCACAAAAAUUAUUUUUUCUCAGAAGAUGUACUCUGCGUGCCCUCUUAAUCCAUUAAAUUCUACUCUACCUCGAUUGCCUAACUCUUGAGUCACAUUUCCGUAAAUAAUUCCCAUGCUACAAAAAUAUCGCGUUUACAACAAUUAGGAAAAAAUUUUGGGAAGGAAAUGCCAUGGUCCUUGUUAUUUCCGCAAAUCGUUAUCUGAAAUUUAUAUUGUUUAGAUGGCAGAGCUGUUCGAAGAGAACGAAGCCGACGGAGAGAUUGCUCGGAUGAUUGUGGAAGGAGCCGCUUACUUUGAUGUGGAGACCAAAGACGGAGAAUGGAUCAGAAUCCUCUGCGAAUACGGCGAUUUGAUUAUCAUCCCAUCCGGCCGAUCGUACAGAAUGACCACUACUGCGAAGGUAUACUACUAAAUUCUUAUUUGAACUCUAAUUUAAAGUCAUCAUUUUUUCGAAAAAUUUAAUUUUGAUGACUUCAGAAUUUCGUGAAGAUGCGGCGAUUCUACAAGGACGAAGAAUGA